AUGAAACUCAAAGUUGCCAUAGUGCAAAUUGACUCAAUCCUAGGUCAACCGAGGCAGAACAUAACCAAAGUACAGAAGCUACUAUCGACAAUCAAAGGCAAAUUCCCCGACUUGGUUGUGUUGUCAGAGUUGGCAUUGACAGGAUACAACUUUACUUCCUCCUCUCACAUCAAGCCCUAUCUCGAAUCAGCAACAAACUACGGCCCUUCUUUGAAUUUCGCUCGCGAGUUGAGCAGCAAGCACCGCUGUAUCACAGUUAUCGGCUACCCCGAAUCCCACAAGGACACAAUCUACAACUCAUGCGCCGUGUUUAGUCGACAAGGCCAAUUAGUGCACAACUACAGAAAGACAUUUCUCUAUGAAACGGACGAAGUAUGGGGAUGCAGCGAGAACCCAGACAAAUCAUUUCGCGCAACACAGCUCGACUUCUCAGACCCCGCAACCAACAACCCCUCGCUUUCAUCAACGGUAACAAAUUUCGGAAUAUGCAUGGAUUUAAACCCAUACAAAUUUGAAGCUCCUUUCAACGCAUUCGAAUUCAGCUCCGCGUGCUUCGCCAAUCGGUCCAAAUUGAUAAUCUGCCCCAUGGCUUGGCUAUCACCUGAGUCGCCCUCGAUCCAAAAAGAAGCAUAUCCAACGUUGCAACAGCGAGUGCAAAUAGCCAAGGAGCUCAAAUUGCCCCGUGAGCCAUGCACAUCGACGAUCAAUUAUUGGAUCUUGCGGUUCUUUCCUUUUCUAACUCACGAAUACAGCUUUCCUCGAAAAUGGUGGCGCAAGGAGGAGAAAGUGUGCGUCUUGUGCUGUAAUCGAGUCGGCAAGGAGGGUGAUAUCGUGUACGGGGGAAGUUCGGCUAUUUUGCGGUUCAAUAAUGAUGUCGAGGCUGGUGCUGGACAUGGAUUCGAGGAGGUCAAUCUGGAGAAUGCCAGUGUUGACGUGGUGGAUUCUUUGUCACAGAGCGAAGAAGGAAUUAUUGUUCAAGAGAUAGAUAUAUAG